AUGGCUACCGAAAGGACCAACGUUUCCAAUGACCUCGUUUGGCUGAUCACCCGCAGCCAGAGCUCUUAUUUGGUUAAGCGCAAGACUGGCGGUGGUGUUCAGUUUUCUCGCGAUCCCCUCAACUUGCAGAACAAGCAUUCUUUCAAGUAUGCUGGAUAUGCAAAUGACAAGGCCAUUGGUGUUCAGCCUACCGAGAACGGUGGCGUUGCUGUGACCACCAAGAAAGCUAGCAACAAGCAGCAACCCGCGAAGAACACGGUUACCGUGACCUGGGGCCCCAAUUCAUCCACCCGCAAGAUCUACAAGGGCGUCGCGGACAAGACCGCUAAGAACGGCUACCGUGCAGAUCUCCGCGAAGAUGCUGUUGCCCGCGUCAGUGCUAUCCGCCAAUCUCAACAGCCGAAGAAGGACACCCCCCCGAAGAAGCUCCGCGGUUCUCAGGCAAAGAAGGCUGCGGAGAAGGAGUCGGCAUAA